AAUUUUGAUUUGGAAUUUUGUUUGAUGUUGACAUCGGAUCUAUUGAAAUUGUUUUCGGAUUUAGUUUUUGAUGAUAUUUCAAUUUUUAGAUCUCCCCUGUGGUUUCUCUUGGAUCCGAUGCAUUUGUUGUUUUGAUAUGUCUGCUAGGAGUUGGAUUUGGAAUUGGAAGAAUUCAUAUCGUGCAUUGAUAACCUUGUGCAAAUGAAUGUGUUUGAUUUGGAUUGGAAUAUUUGUUUGCAAAAUACGCUGCAAAGGCAUAUAUAGCUUGUCAGAAUUUUGAGUUUUGAGAUAAUUUGGUGGUAGAAGAUGGCCGAAGCUGAGGAUAUUCAGCCACUCGUCUGCGACAAUGGCACUGGAAUGGUGAAGGCUGGAUUUGCUGGAGAUGAUGCUCCUAGGGCUGUGUUUCCUAGCAUUGUUGGUCGGCCUCGUCAUACUGGUGUGAUGGUUGGUAUGGGCCAAAAAGAUGCAUAUGUUGGGGAUGAAGCUCAGUCUAAGCGUGGUAUAUUAACUCUGAAGUAUCCUAUUGAGCAUGGUAUUGUGAGCAACUGGGAUGAUAUGGAAAAGAUUUGGCAUCACACUUUCUACAACGAGUUGCGUGUUGCUCCAGAAGAACACCCAGUUCUACUCACUGAAGCACCUCUCAACCCAAAGGCUAAUCGUGAGAAAAUGACUCAAAUCAUGUUUGAGACCUUCAACACUCCUGCCAUGUAUGUUGCCAUCCAGGCUGUCCUAUCCCUCUAUGCCAGUGGUCGUACUACGGGUAUUGUUCUGGACUCUGGAGAUGGUGUCAGCCACACUGUCCCCAUAUAUGAGGGCUAUGCUCUUCCACAUGCCAUCCUUCGACUUGACUUGGCAGGUCGUGACCUGACUGAUGCACUAAUGAAAAUAUUAACCGAGCGCGGAUAUUCCUUCACCACUACAGCUGAGCGUGAAAUUGUGAGGGACAUGAAGGAGAAGCUGGCAUAUAUUGCCCUUGAUUAUGAGCAAGAACUUGAAACUGCCAAGACAAGUUCUGCUGUUGAGAAGAGCUAUGAGUUGCCUGAUGGACAGGUGAUCACCAUAGGUGCUGAGCGGUUCCGGUGCCCAGAAGUCCUCUUCCAGCCAUCCAUGAUUGGAAUGGAAGCUGCAGGCAUUCACGAGACUACGUACAACUCAAUCAUGAAGUGUGACGUUGAUAUUAGGAAGGAUUUGUAUGGUAACAUUGUCCUCAGUGGUGGGUCUACCAUGUUUCCUGGAAUUGCCGACAGAAUGAGCAAGGAAAUAACUGCAUUAGCACCUAGCAGCAUGAAAAUCAAGGUUGUUGCUCCACCUGAGAGAAAGUAUAGUGUCUGGAUUGGUGGCUCUAUCCUUGCAUCUCUCAGUACUUUCCAGCAGAUGUGGAUCGCAAAGGCAGAGUACGACGAAUCUGGGCCAUCAAUUGUACACAGGAAAUGCUUCUAAAAAGCGGAAUGGGAGCUGUUCAAGUGUAAUUUCCAUUUUUUUUUAAUUUUUUAAUUUUAUUUUUUUUGUUUAGCUGUGUUUCGUUUAAAUUUUCGUGUCCAAUAUUGUUGAAACUAAAGUAAUGGACUGAGAGGUGGGGGGAGGUCAUGGCAGAGAGUUUAAUUCAUUGAUUAUUGUUUUCAUUAGCAAUGGUUGAACAGCUAAUGUUCAAUUAUAAACCCAAAAUCUUUGCAAUUUAUUUUUGUUAAAUCCUA